AUGCUUUUGACGACUCAAAAUGUUGGAUCGCAUUUGUUUCCUUACGGCGAGGCGGAAUUAGCUGAGCCACUGAAUCCUGACGGGCUCGGAAUUAUUGGCUGGCAGAAGAAGUCAAAACAAUAUGAUUUCGUCGCUAAUCAUAUGACGUACAAUUUCACAUUCGCGGACGAGUAUCUUCCCACAGCGAAGAAGAUCUCGAUUUUGAGACACCCGUCCACUCACAUGACCAGCACGUGGAAAUACUACUUCAACCCGAUGAGGGAUAAGCAAGUUCGAACCAUCUUCCCUUCGCUCUUCGAAAAAGAAGAAGGAAAAGAACGCGUUUCUUUUCUUUACGAGCUUUUAUCCGACCCAGUUGAUUUCUACAAGAAAUCCAUGCUCAUUCCAGACCCUUCCAUGUGGAAAAGGCACUUGCUAAGGCCUCAGUUGUGGAGCUUCUUUGGACCAGAAGUGACGACGAUGAACUUGGAUAGAGACGUUGUCAAAGCUUACAUAGAGAAAAUCCACGGGCAUUUUGACCUAAUCCUGAUCAUGGAAUAUUUCGAUCUCGGACUGGCUCUUCUGUCAUUUGAACUCAACUGGCCGCCAUCAGACCUGGCUUACUUGCCGAUGAAUAGCGGGAGAAAACACAGCCAAGAAGCGAAGGAGUAUCACGAAGAAUUGGUGCGCGUGAUCAACUACCCCGAUUUUAUGCUGUACGAGCAUUUCAACAGAACGUUCUGGGCGAGAAUAGACGAGAUAGGGCUAGACAUCGUGCAGCGGCGAGCUGAUGAGAUAAAGUAUCAGUCUGAGCAGCUCGCAGAUGCCUGCCAAGAUGGCAUCCGACCCUUCAUAAACUGGGCCGGAGACAUGGUGCUGCUCCCAAAGCUGCAAAAAGCAAAAGAAAACGACACUUUCUGCAGAUUAUCGACAAUGCAGGGAAAUGAGCUUUCGAGCUUCAUGGAGGAUGAGGAUGGAGUGAAGGGCCACGAGCGCGUACAAUGGGACAAGCAGCGCGAGUUCAUCCUCUCCGUCGCCGGCGGCUUCAUUGGACUUGGCAAUGUCUGGCGCUUUCCAUAUCUCUGCUACAAGAACGGAGGGGGCGCGUUUCUCAUUCCCUACUGCAUCUUUUUGGUCAUCGGUGGAAUCCCGAUUUUCCUGAUGGAAGUGGCGCUCGGGCAGUUUAUGUCUCGAGGUGGAAUUGAGGCCUGGAACUUGGUUCCUAUUUUCAAGGGAAUCGGCUGGGCUUCGUUGGUAAUCGUGUUCUGGCUGAACGUCUACUACAUCGUCAUUCUCGCCUGGAACCUGUUCUAUCUAUUCCAGGCGUUUGACCCCUCCCUGCCCUGGACCAAGUGCGAUGGCUGGUGGAAUACUCCCUGUUGCUCGACAACUUCGGUGAACGGCACUUUGAUUAAACCGGCCGCUUGCAACUCCUCCGUCGAUUUCCCAGAAAACGAGUUUUGGAAAAAUCGAGUUUUGCAAUUGACUGAUGAUCUUGGCACGCCAGGCGGCCUGCAGUGGGAGCUGGUGGGUACACUUGUCCUGAGCUGGAUGAUCUGCUACGCGUGCAUCUGGAAGGGCGUGAAAUCAACUGGCAAAUCGGUUUACGUUACAUCCACAUUCCCGCUCAUCAUGCUUCUCGUCCUGCUCGCCCGAGGCGUGACCCUGCCCGGCGCCGCCAAGGGCAUCGAGUUCUACGUCAAGCCCGAUUGGAAUCGCUUAGCCAGCCCUGACGUCUGGAAAGACGCGGGCACGCAAAUCUUCUUCAGCUACGCAAUCUGCCUCGGCUCGCAGACCUCGCUGGGCUCGUACAAUAAGUUCUCCUUUAACUCAUUCAAGUGGGGACUUAUCCUUUCCGGUUUUAACUCAGGUGCGUCCAUUGUCUCUGGAUUCGCCAUCUUCUCCGUGCUCGGCUACAUGGCUCAGGAAAUCGGCUGCGAAGUCAGCGAGGUUGCCGAAAAGGGUCCAGGAUUAGCCUUCAUUGCCUAUCCCCGCGCCUUGUCAAUGAUGGCGUUUCCACAAAUUUGGUCGCUGCUCUUCUUUGUAAUGAUUCUUCUCCUUGGACUGGCCUCGCAAUAUGUCGCGGUCGAGGGAAUGUGCACAAUGAUUGUCGAUCUCAAGCCUCGUUUCUGGUACAAAACACCGUACAGGCGACCUCUUUGCGUAGCUGCGGCUUGCGUUGUCUGCUUUUUCUUCGCCCUCCCGAUGGUCACUCGCGGAGGCAUUUACGUCUUUCAGCUGGCGGACACGUACGGAGCUUCUGGACUCUGUCUUUUGUGGGUGGCGUUUUUCGAAACCUCGGUCAUUUCGUGGAUCUACGGCGUCGACAAUUUCUACAGGGACUUGGACCGCAUGUUCGGCCACAAGUUUCCCAUCAAAAAACAUCCAUGGACUGUGUUUGCCUUUUUGUGGAAGUACGGCUCGCCCAUCAUCUGCGCCAGCACCUUCGCGUACAUCUUCCUCGACUGGUCGCCAACGACGUAUAAUAAUUACGUUUUCCCAGUUUACGGCGAGUGGAUAGGAAUUUGCAUGGCUGCGUCGAGCAUUUUACUCGUACCGAUUUAUGCCAUCUAUCGAUUAUCAACAACUCCUGGCACUCUAGCUGAGCGCUGGGAAGUGCUCACUACGCCCAUCUUUCCCCGUGGACACCCUUACACUCUCAGUCGGUCGCUCAGCCCCUCCUCCGCCGGUUCCAACACCGACCCGCCCUCUUAUCACGAAAAAGACGAGUUCUUGCCUCCCCAGAAGACCUAA